AUAGAACACCGGUAGCGACACCUGUUCUCCGUACACCCCACUUAUCGCCCGGUUACCUUGGCAAUCUAUCCAAGUCGCCUUAGAGUCCUCGCUCCAAGCGAGAAACUACGAAUAAACUACGCUCAACUACGAGAAGCCGAGCAACCGGAAUACAGACAGAGCUGAUCGAACGGGAAAGCAGAUGGUCAGAAUCACCAGCGCCCGCGUUAAAAUUUAGCUUUGAAAGUUUGGCGCCUGUUGAAUUGAAAAUUGUUUAGUUUCUCCACACUAAAACAAAAGCUUCAAAUACAAAAAGAUGGUCAAGCCAUACAAGGCGUCGCGCUCGGUGGCGGCUAGCGAUAACUGCAGCGGCGGAAGCGGAAACAAGGAUUUGGACCAGGUUUACUGCGUGGUGCUUCAUGUAGUUGAGGCCAUUAACUUUGUCGGUCGCGAUUCAAGCGAACGGGAUCGCGAGAAGAUCGUUAUGAACGCGUCCCUUAAUACCGUUGACUUCGAGGUGGAGGGCACCCAGUCGUCCACUGCCGAGACCAUCAUCUUCAACAGCAACUGCAUUUGGGAGUGCGACAUGCCUGGGAUAAAGCGCAUCAAAACAGACCAUCGCCCCGUGAAGGUCACCUUCUACGCCUGCCGUGGCGGAGCGUCGGAGAGGAAGACCAUCGGCAGCCUGCUGUUGCCGGUGAGGGGUCUGCCGGUGCUCAGUUCCGCGGGUAGCCACAACGCCGCCCAGCUGAAGAUGUUCUGGCACAAGCUCAUCUGCAUCAGCAGCGAAUUUCGCUCCCACAAGCCGGAGGUGCUCCUCAUACUGGCCAUCAUUAAAAAGUCCAUUCUGCACACCAAGGACUUCGAUCACCUGAUGCAGUUUUCCGACAGCAAGUCACCGCCCGAACCGCCGAUGCAAUCACCCGGGCACUCAAUCACUUCCAACAUGCUCCAGUCGCAGGCCAAUGUCUAUGUGCAGUCGUUGGUGCAACUUGGACUGCUUCAAGUGGGCAACGAUCCUCUGGUAGACUGCGACAUCAUCGAGGUCGUGCUGCAGUUGAAGCAGCUGAAAAACGUGAGCAAGCUGGCCAGGUCACUGAACGCGGGGAAGGACCCCAGCUCAGUGAUCCUGGUGUUCGAUUUUGUGGGGAACGUGACCAAUAUUGAAUUAAAGCUAAAUGAGACUGACUCUUAUAUCCUGAACGAUGUCCUGGGCCUCCGAUUCAAGACCUCCCUGCGCAGCAUGCGUCUCUACUUUCAGAGGAUCUUCUACCUGCCCAUUAACAUGUACAUGAAUGGCACGGCAAUAGCCAACUAUCGUAUGGACUUUGGAAAAUUGCUGCCACCGGACAGUUACUUCAAGGACAACAGAAAGUUCACCUGCAAUGGAUCCUUUUCCUUCAACCGUUUCGGACGCACUGACAGCGCCAGGGACUCCAAGCCGCCACUCAUGGAGUAUGCCUUCAGUGUGGACGUGAAGACCAUUUUUUCGAAGCAGGACACAGGAGCUGAAUCGGAAGCAGCUCCCUCAAUUCGCAGUGGAGUUUUCAGGGAGCUGCCUAAGGAUCGCAAGGACCCGGAAGCGUCUUCCUUGUCCCUUGACACUGCCUCGGUAGCGAGCCUGAAUGUGGGUGCUGAGCUAUCGGCCUCGGACGAGGGAUCUUGCGGCUCAGCUUUUCUGAAGGAGGAUGACCCUGACUCCGAGGACACUCCGGCGGAUUUGCGAAAGGUACAAGGUCGUCGCAGGAAGUUCACCCGACUAACAUCAGGCGAGGUUGUGGAAGUACAGGAGAGCGAGGAUGAGAAUGUCCUGGGCAAGAAGUUCUCGUCGAUGGUGGUGCGCGAGACAUAUUCAGCGAAGGUUCAGAUGGAAGUUGCAUCUGCAAAAUCUGAAGUCCCCCCUGAUAUGGAAAUAGAGUCUCAAAUGGACGAGUCCGAAGGCGACGUCCUGAGCCGUCCUGAAACUAUAGAAACCAGUGCAGAUGUUUUAAGCGAAAGCCCCUCCAAGGAGAAGAACCAAAAGAGAAAGUCAUCUUCCAUGGAGCGGCCAAUAUCACAAAAAGGGAAACCCAAAAUAUUGAACCAACCAUCCAAGGAAUUGCCUAUAGACCGAUCUGCAUCGACAGGACGGGCAAAGGUGCCUAAAACAAAGGCACCGUUGAAAGACACCGACUUCAUCGACGACCUGACAUCUUUGGAGCAUUUUGAGCUUCUGGAAGAGCAGUUUAAAGAGGAGGUGGACUUUGAACUGACAGAUGUUAGAAUGAGGCCUCGCAGAAUCGGAGGACCAAUAGUGCCUUUGGAACGGAAGCUGAGAAAACCAACAGCUCCAGAUGACCUCCACUACGAGAAUACCGAUUAUAUAGACAGCCAUCUGAACAUUAUCUACGAGGAGCAUUCUGGCGAUUCCAUCCCAAAGAAACUUGUCCGCAAGAAAGUAGUUAAAAAGGUUUCCCAGCGAGAACUGGGCGAGUUGGAAACAGUAUCUGGGAGGGACAGGCCCAUUUCAACAAGGAAUAGCUCUGCCACCAAAAGCAAAUUUGACGGAUGCAACGAUUCAGAGAGUUCCCAGCCACAAAAGAUGGCUUCCUCUAGGGGAAAAAACAGCAACCCUUCGAAACUAGCGCAGGAAACGCAAGAAAGCGACGUGGAUACCAACGACUUUAACGAUGGGGAUGUUCCCAGCAAGCGCAAAAAAAAAUCAAAGAUGGACUUAAGCCUUCGUGCCCGAUGGGUCGAGGUGAACAAGUCCCAGGCACAAGCCUUGGAUGAGACCGAGAAGUUUCUGGUGGAGACCUGCCAGGCCGAGCUCAACGAGGUCCUCUAUGAGGAUCAGCUGGCUCUCGGUCUGGCAAAGCCUCUGAAACCUAAAAAGAAAUUGGUGAGUUCCAGAAAACCCAAAGUCGCCCAGAGCAGCGAACUCGAUAGCUCGAUUUUGGGGGAAGACAUGCCCUCAUCUCAAGCAGAUAUCCUGCCUAAAAAGAAGCGGGAGGUGGUUGUGGAACAGGAACAUGUGGAAUCGCAGUUGGACCUUCAGAGCUCGGAGGAGUACAUAUCCAUAUCUGAGGUCACCUUAACAUCGGCGGAAAGCAUUAUAGAGCGAGAGCCUGUGACUAAAAAGAAGCUCAGGAACGAUGCUUUGCCCGAAAAUGAGAUGGAAAUUAAUGUAGGGAAACCUUUGAAGAAAAAAGUUAUCAAAAAAAAGGUAUCCACAUCUUUGGCUACAGCGGAAAUAGAUGAUGUUCCUGAAAUGGAUACUCCUCAGUUGGUAAAGAAAAAAGUUAUCCGGAAGAAAUCCCAGCGCUUAGUGGAAGAAGCUCUGGAAGAGGGAGUGGUCCCAACAAGAAAGGUGUCUUCGAAGAAAUUGUUGAGGAAGGAAUCCCAAGAAGAACCUCUAGAAGAAGAAGUGGUCCCAACAAAAAAAGUAUCUUCGAAAAAGUUGGUAAGGAAAGAAUCUCUUGAAGAACCACUGAAAGAGGAAGAGGUCCCUAAAAGAAAGGCGUCUUUAAAGAAAUUGGUCAGAAAAGAAUCCCAUGAAGAUCUACAGGAAUUGGAAGUUGCCGCUACAAGAAAGAUACCUUUGAAGAAAUUGGCACGAAAUGAUUCCCAAGAAGAACCCCUGGAAGAGGAAGUUGACGAAAUAAGAAAGGUAUCCUCCACGAAAUUUGUGAGAAAAGAAUACCACGAAGAGGCUCUGGAAGAGGAAGUGACUCCAACAAGGAAGGUUUCUUUGAAAAAAUUGGCGAUAAAAGAAGCCUAUGACGAAUCCCUGAACGAGGAAGUGUUCUCAACAAGAAAGGUGUCCUCAAAGAAAUGUGUGCGAAAGGAAUCCUCUGAAGAUACUCUGGAAGAGGAAGUGGUGCCCAAAAGGAAGGUGUCUUCAAUAAGAUCGGUAAGAAAAGAAUCAACUGAAGAACCUGUUGAAGAGGAAGUGAUCUUAAUAAAAAAGGUACCUUCGAAGAAAUUGGCGAAGAAGCAUUCCCAAGAAGAACCUCUGGAGGAAGAGGAAGUGGUCCAGACAAAAAAGGUAUCCUCCAAGAAAUUUGUGAGGCCGGAAUCGGAAGACUCUGAUGUAGAACUGAGUCUAACCAACGAUUCUGUUGUCCAGAAACUCAAGUCCUGGCGCAGCCAUCAGAUAAAGCAAUUCGAGGAGGAGCUGGCCCGUCGUGAGCAGCACUACAAGCAUCAGUUGGAAGAGAUGGAGUGCAAAGAAGCUAGGAUACUAAACCUGGGCUUGCCGGAAGAGCCCACGGCGCCACUUAGUGUGGAUUACGAGGCCAAGUUCAGCGAGCUGGAGCAGCACAUUUCCAAGUUGAAGACUGAAAUGGAGCAGCAAGUGAUACUGUUUGAGAUCCGUAGCCAGGAGUUGCGGCAGGAGAACGUCCAGCUGGCAACCGAAAAGACAGAGCUGAAGGCCCGCAUCGCCACCAUGGAGCAGCAGAUAGGGCAGCUCCGUUCCCAGGGGACCGACGACGGCGACAUUAAACAAGUGCUCGGCGAGCUGAGGUCCCAGAACAGCCGGUUCCUGGACCUGACGCGAGAGAAGGACCGCUACAAAAAGCAGUGGCGACGAUGCGCCAAAAAGGUCCAUGCCCUCAAGCUGACCAUGUACGAGAGGAGUGUGGACAGGGAUCGAGAAUGUUUGAACAUCGGCGCCAUUGACUUGAAGAAGAUCCUCACCAAGGAUGCCUUAGGCUUUGAGCAGGAGUAUGGCCCAUUUCGGCGAUCUGGCCCCUCACCAAGAUUUCCCGUCAACUCGAUGUCCGGCUCCGGUGACUACUCCCCGCCCUGCGGCAAGCGGACACCCCACUACAACCCGAAAAGUUGAGGCCAUCGAUAGGUGGCAUCUCAACCUC